AUGCCUCCCUCCUCCGACCUGCACCAGGGCCACAAACCACACUCCAGUUUCUUCUCCGUGGACUGGCUAGCCCAGAGCAGCCACUCGGGGCCAAUAUGCACGUCCAGGCCCAGCGAGAUCUCUUGGAGGGGCUUAACUGCCCCCGUCUGGGUGCCCAGCAGAGGGGAGCCCCCUCAGAACAUGGCCAUCGAUGGGGCUAAGACCCCAGAUCUGCGUGUGCGAGGGACACCUGUGGCUGGGCUGAACAAGGAGCCAGACCCUUUGCGGGCUCCCCGGGUGCGUACGGCCUUCACUACAGCUCAGAUCAGCACCCUGGAGAGCGCCUUCAAGCUUCACCAGUACCUGGGCCCCCAGGAGCGGAAGAAGCUGGCCAAAGAGAUGCACCUGACUGAGGUGCAGAUAAAAACUUGGUUUCAGAAUCGUAGAAUGAAACACAAACGCCAGUUGCAGGACUCACAGCUCAGUGUCCCCUUCUCUGGACCCCUCUACGGGCCCCUGGCCAUCCAUCCACCGUCUCCUGUCCUGGGUAGUGGCUUGCAGCUGUUUUACCGUGGGGCACCCCUGCCUGCCGCCCCAGCUGUUUUGCUGCCUCUGGGCUCCUUCUGGGGUCCCUGCCCAGUAGAGCAGGUCUUGAUGGCCUCUGCGUGGAAUCCCUGCAGCAGGCAAUCUCAGACACACCACCUCCCAGAGCCUGGGGGCCAGGCGCGCUUGUUGGCGCAGGCCUCAUCCAGGGGCUCCUGGGGCCUGUGUGAUCUACCUGAAACCGAGGAUGCCUUUUGA